AUGCCGCGGAAUCAGAUCGGCGACACGGUCUCCGGUGAAGUGAUGCCGCCGCCGAACCAACAACGCAAGGAUCAGACGGUCCGCACGGUCUCCGGUGGAGCGGUGCUGCCGACGCAAGUUGGGGGUCGGACGCCCGUGUCAGUCCCUCCGUCGUCGCCCAACCAACUUGGAAAUCGGAGGGUCAGCACCGUCUCCGCUGGAGAGGUGCCGCCGAAGCAUGCUGGGAAUCGGUCGCCCUUGUCGGCCCAGCUGCCGCCAAAGCAACGCAGGGAUGAUCGGACGGUCUCCACGCUCUCCCAUGGAGAGGUGCUGCGGAAGCAAGUCGGGGACCGGACGCCCGUGUCGGUCCAUCCGGCGCCGAAGCAACGCAGGACUCAGACGGUCGGCCAGGUCUCCGGCAGACAACCCUUGCCGCAGCUGCACACCACACAACAAGGCAGACCGGCCAGCUCCUCGAAACCUAGUGCAUGUACGGCUCUUCGUGGCAACACUAGUGCGCAAGCUCGUAAGCCAUGUGCUGCUGCAACAAAAACUGUUGUACAAGUUAAGUCGAAGAAGAACAAAGAUAUAGAAGAAGGGGAGGACGAAAUCCGAAGGCUGAACGAAUUGGGAUUGGGAGAUAAUGUCAGCAAGAAAGAUUAUCGUGUUUAUCUCAACCAGCUGCCUGGCAGGCCUGAUGUCGAUAUUUCCACUAAGCUGGAUGCUGUGCAGCUCAAGGAGCUCAAUGUUCGCCAUGCGUUGUAUCGCCUCAAGUAUUAUCAGCUGUCACAAAACGUGCCUGAGGAUAAGCUUUGCUAUGAUAAAUUGAAAGAGGACUACCCCCCUAGCCGUCUUGAGGAGGAGAGAUUCUUUAAGUGCUAUGAGGAAGAUGGCAAAUUAGAUUGGUCUUUCCACACUGAUUACUGCAAGCUUGCUGGCCUGGAGGACUACCAACGGCUGGUCCCUCAAAAUUAUGGUGGUUAUGACUAUGUUCGUUGGGAUGAAUACCACAAGGAAUUUCAUAGCUAUGAGAUUGAACAAGAAUAUGUCAAGUAUUGUGAAGAAUUGUCCAAGAAACUUAAGUGGAUGGAAGCUUAUGUGCUAAAAGAACAAACAUCACUUAUGCGGGGAAUGAUUUUGACCAGAGGAACUUACCAAGCAAUGAAGAUCGCCACUGACUUCUCAAAGAUACAUGCGAACUUAGCCUUUUCUGGCUUCUAUGAGUGGUUCAAGAGCAUGGCUUUUGAUGUUACGAACUACAAAGAGUUCGAUGUACUCUAUUAUGAGAUUUGGCAGAGGUGCAAUCAGGAGAAGAAAUUCAGAGAUGCUUUGGAUGAGGUGUAUGAACUUAACAGGUUCCCAUUGAGCCAAAACAGAAUGAGAUGUGCACUGGAGAAUGACACAUUCUGCUCGGAAUUCGAAGAGGAGUUUCUUGGUUUCACAGCUUGCCUCAAGGAAUUUGCAGAGGACAAAAGCAAGAUCACUGAGGAUAAAGCCCUGGAGUUGAUUGCAGAGGCACUUAGAAAGGAGACGCCGAAACCAAAGUUCUAUGAGGAUUAUUGUAGGAAGAAGAUAGAUAUUGCUCAAGCUAUUGGAAUAAUUCCCAGCGUACCGGCUUAA